GACAGCGCCCGCCGCCCGCCCCGCGGCCCCGGGCCCCGGCUCUGGCGCCGUCCCUCCUCCCGGGCCGGGCGCCGCGGCCCCGGCAUGAGGAGCGGGCGAUGAUCCCCGCCAACGCCUCCGCCAGGAAGGGGCCCGAGGGCAAAUACCCGCUGCACUACCUCGUGUGGCACAACCGCCACCGCGAGCUGGAGAAGGAGGUCCGCGCGGGCCAGGUGGACAUUGAGCAGCUGGAUCCCCGUGGCCGGACUCCCCUGCACCUGGCCACCACACUGGGGCACCUGGAAUGUGCCCGGGUGCUCCUGGCACAUGGCGCAGAUGUGGGCAGGGAGAAUCGCAGUGGCUGGACAGUGCUGCAGGAGGCUGUGAGUACCCGGGACUUGGAGCUGGUGCAGUUGGUGCUGCGGUACCGGGACUACCAGCGGGUGGUGAAGCGGCUCGCAGGCAUCCCUGUGCUCCUGGAGAAGCUGCGCAAGGCUCAGGACUUCUACGUGGAGAUGAAGUGGGAGUUCACUAGCUGGGUCCCCCUGGUGUCCAAGAUCUGCCCUAGCGACACUUACAAAGUAUGGAAGAGUGGGCAGAACUUGAGGGUAGACACUACGCUACUGGGCUUUGACCACAUGACAUGGCAGCGAGGGAACCGAAGCUUCAUCUUUAGGGGUCAAGACACAAGUGCCGUAGUCAUGGAGAUUGACCACGACCGCCGGGUAGUAUACACAGAGACAUUGGCACUGGCGGGCCAAGACCGGGAGUUGCUGCUGGCGGCUGCCCAGCCUACAGAGGAGCAGGUGCUGAGCCGCCUCACCGCACCUGUCGUUACUACGCAGCUUGACACCAAAAACAUCUCCUUUGAGAGGAACAAGACUGGCAUCCUGGGCUGGCGCAGUGAGAAGACAGAGAUAGUGAAUGGGUAUGAAGCCAAGGUAUAUGGGGCCUCCAAUGUAGAGCUCAUCACACGGACUCGGACAGAGCAUCUUUCAGAACAGCACAAGGGCAAGGUCAAAGGCUGUAAGACACCUCUGCAGUCUUUCCUGGGAAUUGCUGAGCAGCAUGGUGGCCCUCAAAAUGGGACCUUGAUUACUCAGACCCUGAGCCAAGCCAACCCCACUGCCAUCACUGCAGAAGAAUACUUCAAUCCCAACUUCGAGCUUGGCAACCGCGACAUGGGCCGUCCCAUGGAACUGACCACCAAGACACAAAAGUUCAAGGCUAAGCUGUGGCUGUGUGAGGAGCACCCCCUGUCCCUGUGUGAGCAGGUGGCCCCCAUCAUUGACCUCAUGGCUGUUAGCAAUGCACUUUUUGCCAAGCUCCGGGACUUCAUCACCCUGCGUCUGCCUCCUGGCUUCCCAGUCAAGAUUGAAAUUCCAAUCUUCCACAUCCUCAAUGCCCGCAUCACCUUUGGGAACCUUAAUGGCUGCGACGAGCCUGUGCCUUCCGUCCGAGGCAGCCCCAGCAGUGAGACCCCCUCCCCAGGCAGCGACUCCUCCAGUGUCAGCAGUUCCAGCUCUACAACCUCAUGCCGCAGCUGUGAGAUCUCCCCAGCCUUGUUUGAGGCGCCACGCGGCUACAGUGUGCUGGGUGGCCAGCGAGAGGCAACGACCCGGGACGAUGACGACGACCUGCUGCAGUUCGCCAUCCAGCAGAGCCUGCUUGAGGCGGGCAGUGAGUAUGACCAGGUCACAAUCUGGGAGGCGCUAACCAACAGCAAGCCAGGCACCCACCCUAUGUCCUAUGAGGGUCGCCGACAGGACAGGAGCGCCCCGCCAACGCCGCAGCGACAGCCUGUGCCCCCAGCCCCAGCCCCCAGCCCAAGGCCCAGUCCUGGCCCCGGCCCUGGCCGCGUGUUCCGGAGUUACGACGAGCAACUGCGGCUGGCCAUGGAGCUGUCUGCGCAGGAGCAGGAGGAGCGGCGGCGGCGUGCGCGCCUGGAGGAGGAGGAGCUGGAGCGCAUUCUGCGGCUCUCGCUGACCGAACAGUAGCGCCCCCUGCUGGGCCCCUCGCCCACUCCACGCGCCACCCCACCGGGGGCCAGGGUGCGACAGGCCCGGCCAGAG